CUUUAAAUAUCCGCCUUCACCCACCCCUCAUCGCUAGGUGCCCGGACCCCCACAACUCACACCGCCACGCCCCCACACGUUGGAAGCCAAGCCAUCAGAGUUUGACUCGUAAUUAAGAUACCCUUUUCCCUUUAAAUUUUCAUCGCUUCUUAUCUCAUCUCCUAACCAAAACGAAAGCUAGAGUUACGAGAAAAUGGCUGAAAAUGGUAACGUAGUAGAUCAAAGCAUCAAUAUUGGAGACAGCUCAGAUCAUUUUUCCAAGCCCUUGAAUGGAAAGAAACUUUCCUGGCAAAAGUUGCGCCGCAAUGACUCCUUGGAAAUCGAAUCCCGCAAGUUCCCUGGACGUCAACUCCAUGGUUCUAAGGCUGUCAGUUGGUCAGUGAUCUUGCAAUUGGCAUUCCAGAGCAUUGGGAUAGUGUAUGGAGAUAUCGGUACAUCACCGCUGUAUGUGUACGCGAGCACUUUCACUGAUGGUAUCCGCCACAACGAUGACAUCUUGGGUGUACUUUCUUUGAUUCUGUAUACCAUCACUCUUAUCCCUCUCAUCAAGUACGUCUUAAUCGUCUUGCGUGCCAACGAUAAUGGCGAUGGAGGGACAUUUGCUUUGUACUCGCUGGUUUGCAGAUAUGCUAAAGUAGGUCUAAUCCCAAGCCAACAAGCUGAGGAUCGCGAUGUAUCUAAUUUCGAGCUUGAGUUACCAAGCAAGCGUUUGCGGAGGGCAACAAAAUUGAAAUCCAAGCUGGAAAAUAGUCAAUUUGCUAAGUUAUUUUUACUCUUUGCUACUAUGCUUGGUACUUCCAUGGUCAUUGGAGAUGGUGUCCUUACUCCUUGCAUUUCAGUUUUAUCAGCAGUUGGAGGGAUCCAGCAAGCCACUACAAAAAUGACCGAUAAUAUGAUUGUUUGGAUAUCAGCAGCAAUCUUGAUCUGCCUGUUCAUGGUUCAAAGAUUCGGAACUGAUAAAGUGGGCUACAGUUUUGCUCCAAUAAUUUGUGUUUGGUUCACAAUGAUUGGUGGUAUUGGCGUUUACAAUUUCGUCAAAUAUGAUCCUGAAGUUGUUAAAGCUUUAAACCCAAAGCAUAUAAUAGAUUAUUUCAGGAGGAACAAAGAUAAAGCAUGGAUUUCCCUUGGUGGCGUUGUCCUUGCCAUAACAGGAACUGAAGCACUAUUUGCAGAUGUUGGCCAUUUCACAGUUCGAUCCAUACAAAUAAGUAUGUGCACUGUGACCUACCCAGCUCUUUUAUGUGCAUACACUGGACAAGCUGCUUUCCUUAGAAAGCACAAUGAUCUUGUCCCCCAUACCUUUUAUAAGUCUAUACCAGACCCUCUCUACUGGCCCAUGUUUGUGGUGGCUGUGCUGGCUUCGAUCAUUGCAAGUCAAGCCAUGAUUUCUGGAACCUUUUCAAUUAUACAGCAAUCGCUCUCACUUGGAUGCUUCCCUCGAGUGAAAAUCGUGCACACAUCCACCAAAUAUGAAGGACAAGUUUACAUUCCUGAAAUCAAUUACCUUCUUAUGAUUGCUUGUGUAGCAGUUACUCUUGGUUUUAGGAAUACUACCAAUAUUGGCAAUGCAUACGGGAUUGCUGUGGUGUUUGUAAUGACUCUCACAUCAGCUUUUCUAGUGUUGAUCAUGCUGAUGAUAUGGAAAACCAACAUCCUUUAUGUAAUUGCCUAUGUGCUAACCAUUGGCGUGGUGGAACUCGUUUAUUUAAGUUCUGUCCUUUACAAAUUUGAGCAAGGAGGAUAUCUACCUUUAGCCUUUGCUGCAGUUCUCAUGACCAUAAUGUUUGUCUGGAAUGAUGUGUACCGAAGGAAGUACUACUAUGAGCUUGAAAACAAAAUUUCUCCUGAUAAGCUGAAGGAGAUUGUUGCUGAGGCCAAUUUUAGCAGACUUCCAGGACUUGCCAUGUUCUACUCCGAGCUUGUUCAGGGUAUCCCUCCCAUCUUCAAGCAUUAUGUGGCAAAUGUGCCUGCACUUCACUCAGUCCUUAUUUUUGUAUCCAUCAAAUCACUUCCCAUUGGAAAGGUUCCAGUGGAAGAACGAUUCCUUUUCCGCAAAGUAGAACCAAUGGAGCUCAAUGUGUUCCGUUGUGUAGCACGAUAUGGAUACACGGAUGUACGCAAUGAUCGCCAUGAGCCCUUUGAGAGAAUGUUGAUUGAGAAAUUGAAGGAGUUUAUCAGAGAUGAUUACUGGUUAAAGAAGGCAAUUCUGAAUAAUGGUGAGACAACCAGUGAUCAAGAAAUUGACGAUGGACAAAUUGAUGAAAAUACAAAUACGAAGCAAGAAGAUUUAGAGGAUGUGGAUAACCAGAUUGACAUGAUCGACAGAGUAUGGCGUGCUGGCGUUGUUCACUUGAUUGGUGAGAAUGACGUGGUUGCAGGCGAAGGAGCAAAUGUAGGAAAGAGAAUUCUGAUAGAUUAUGCUUUCAAUUUCUUGAAAAGAAACUUGAGACAGAGUGAGAAAGUGUUUGAUAUUCCGCAGAAGCGCAUGCUCAAAGUAGGUAUGACUUAUGAGCUUUAGAAAAUGAAGUAAAUGAAGGUGUGAUGGAUCAACCUGAGAACCUUAGAAGUAAAAAAAAUGGUUACUAAGAACAACUAAACAAGCAGGAAGGCAAGUAAAAGAAGAUAAAUUCCUUCUCCGAAAGUGAAGCAGAAGUUCGAUGCAUGCAUGAAGCUAUUCUCUUUGUGAACGAUAAAACAGAAUGUUUUAUGUAAAGCACGUAUAGCUGAGGAUUUCUCAUCUUUCAGAGAAAAUGGAGUGCUAUCUAGGCUUAGUAUUGCUGACUGAUGUAUAAUUUUCUCUUGAUGUAGUGCCAUUGUAUAUGCAAAGCUUAAGUAAAGUGUAAGUUAUUUUCAGCAAUUAAAUAUUACUAUUUCCAA